AUGUUUGGAUUAGGUAAAUUAGUUUAUGUUAUAGUUUUAACAAUCAAUGGAAUUGCUGUACUAAGUGAAGAUCGUUUUUUAAAUAGAAUAGGAUGGGGAUCAUCAGCAUCAUCAAAUGCGGCAGGUAAUAAUAUGAAGGAUCAAUUUAAUCAAUUUAAUUCAGGUAUUGAAAGUUCUGACUCUUCAAUAAAGACAAAAUUGAUUAAUUUAAUUAGUGCUGUACGCACAUUAAUGAGAAUACCGUUAAUAGUGGUGAAUAUUGCAAUUAUAUUAUAUGAGAUAAUACUAGGAUAA